ACCCGUGAUUAUCCAUUUUGAGGAGAGAGAGAGAGAGAGUUUGUUGGGUAACUAUUGUUUAGUUAAGAGAGUAAGAGGUUGACAGAGAAGUGUAAAAGUAAAUAAUACAGAAAGAUACUUUGAUGUCUUGAUAGUACUAAAGGAACUUAUCCAUCUAAAUUAACAGAUAGGAAUUAUCCAUUUGACAUAAGGCUAAGUUGUUGUUGAGUUCUAUAUAAUAAGGCCUUGGUCUUUAUGAGAGAGAGAGAGUAAGAGAUCUUAAGUUUAGAAGUGAUAGUACUCUUGAGGGCUGAGGAUAAUGAGUUAUUACCUUUUGCUUUCCCUGUUCUUUUUUACUUCUACAUUUGGUUUCUCCAAUGGAGAAGAAAAUUAUGUAUCUGCAGUUGGUGAUCCUGGAAUGAGGAGAGAUGGUCUGAGGGUGGCAAUUGAAGCAUGGAAUCAGUGCAAUGAGGUUGGAUAUGAAACUCCUUCCAUGGGUAGUCCCAGAGCUGCUGACUGCUUCGAUGUAGAUGAUUCUCAAUUUCCAGAUGUAAGGUUAAUCCACAAGGUGAAAGAGAGAGACAACAAGCUAGGUGUCAAUAACUCUUCCUUUGAUGGGCAUGUACACAAUGUAAACCAAUUUGCAGCCAGGAAAGAACUAUUCUUGGGUCACAAAUGCCAGGUAAGGGAUGUACCAAGGCCAUGGCAGUUUUGGAUGAUCAUGCUCAAGAGUGGCAACAUGGAUUCACUAACAGCAGCUUGCCCAGAUAACGGGAAGAAAUCGGAACCCUUCCCACAAGACUCAAGAUUCCCGUGCUUCGGCGAAGGGUGUAUGAACAUGCCAUUAAUAUACCAUGAUUACACAAGCUUGCAUCAAGAUGAGCAGGGGACUAAAAUCUUAUGGGGUGCUUUCUAUGGGACAUGGGACUUGGAUGCCAAUGUUAAGAAUGGGCCAAUUCCAAAUACCUCCUACUACUCAGUGACUUGGAAGAAAGAGCUUGGGAAAGGUAGUUGGAAGUUCCAUCAUGUGCUGAGGACAAAUCCUAAGUAUCCAUGGCUUAUGCUCUACUUAAGAUCAGAUGCCACCAGAGGAUUUUCUGGUGGGUAUCAUUAUGAAACCAGGGGAAUGUCAAAAAUUAUACCAAAGUCUCCCAAUUUCAAAGUUAGGUUCACUCUAGACAUAAAGAGAGGAGGAGGUGCAAGUAGCCAAUUCUACCUCAUGGACAUAGGAAGUUGUUGGAAGAAUGAUGGUCGUCCUUGUGACGGCGAUGUGACGACAGAUGUCACACGAUAUAGUGAGAUGAUCAUCAAUCCUGUCACAGAAGUACGGUGCUGUGCCCAAAACCUUACGCGCUGCCCGUUUUAUCAUACCUUUCCUAAUGGCACCCGAGUCCAUCGCACUGACAUGGAGAACUUCCCUUAUGAUGCUUAUCAUCUUUAUUGCUCACCAGGGAAUGCAGUAAACUUAGAAGAGCCAUAUAUCUAUUGUGAUCCUUACAGCAACCCUCAGCCUCAGGAGAUACUUCAACUACUACCACACCCAGUCUGGGGAGAUUAUGGGUACCCAACAAAAAAAGGUGAGGGAUGGAUUGGUAAUGCCAGAACUUGGGAGCUGGAUGUAGGGAGGUUGUCAGAGUCACUAUACUUCUACCAGGAGCCAGAUACUAAACCAGCAAAGAGAUAUUGGUCAUCAAUUGACUUGGGUACUGAGAUAUAUAUAAGCGAAACAGAGGAAGUUGCAGAGUGGACUGUUAGCGAUUUCAACAUCAUUGUUCCCAAAAGCUACAGUAAAAGAAGUCAUAAGGAAACCACAAUCUACAAUCAAAGUGAACUGUAGUAGGCUAGAAAUGCUGAUCAAUUGGAAGAAGCUGUGGUGUUCAGCAUCUUGGAGGGGAUUAAAACCUCUUAAUACCCAUGGAAUCACUCAAAUCCAGAUUAAACAAAGGGAAUGUAUAUCGGGUUUCUUUAUUAUAUGUUGCCAUUGUAUGUCCUGUUACAAUGUGCUUAGGACUCUUCUUGUAGAUCUCAACAAUGUACAGUUGCGGAUUCUUUGUAUAAUACACCAAGUUCUAGCA